AUGGCUUCGGACCUUCCUUCCCUGCAGGUUGAUCUCACUGGGCUUGGCCAAAUGAUGAUGACUAUGGGUGCUGGCGGCCUCAAGAAACUGGCUUCAUCUGGAAUAGAUAUCCACACAAUCGGCUCCAUGUAUGCUUUGGGGCAGUUGGCACCAGCAUGUCAGGAUUUCCGCAAUCGACUUCAUAAAGCCCGACAAGAGCAGAGAAAAGAGCAGUGGUGGAUAGGAUUGGUUGAGUUGGGUGCCGGAACCAAUUUUGUCCUCGAUGAGUUUCUCAAGACGCGCGCCGGCGAGAAUGUCAUCAGCCUUUUGACACCAAUCAUUUCAGUUUUGGACGAUCAAGGCUCAAGCACACUUAUGUCAAGUCUUUUUGAUCACAUGAAAGCCCCUCUCGAAGAUAUUCCCGGAACGGGAAGACUCCAAGCUAUACGCUCUAUUGCUCUUCCUAUCGCACGCAAACUCGGCUUCGCUGAGCGUCUGGCAGAAAUGCAUCGCUGGCUAGGCUCCAACAGAUUCCGGGCUGAAGGUGGUCCAGUUGACCUUCCAUUGAACGAUGCUGUCCCCGCCACCGAGACUGCUGUGGUUGUUAUCACGGCUCUUACUACGCUUAUGGUGCAGUCUCACAACAAGACCAAACGUCUGGUGUUCUGUGGCGUGCGUGGAGCCGCUUGGGUACUUGUGUAUGCCUCUCUGGUUUUGGGACUCGGUGUUUGCCUGGUUGAUAAGGAGGGAGUGCCCGUACCUGUCACGCAACCGUACAGCUCUGCAGUAGUUCUGAUCAUCCCUUCGAAACCGGAGAAAGUUAAGCUGCAGACUUUGAUCACGUCAACGGACCAAUUGAUUGAGGAACCUCAGUUACUAAGCAGUACUCUGGGUAUGAACUGGCUGGUUUCCUGUGGUCCAGAGGGUAUCAACCUCUUUUCGCUCAUCUGUGGCUGCGAUUUGACGGAUCACUCACAGAUUGGUUCAGUCAUUUUCACUAUCGCCAUGGAGUACAUCAAACAAUACGAGGAUGGGUUGCACAGGAACGGCGAAUGCCCCAUCAUGCCGGAGUCCCUAGUCAACAGCAAAUCUUAUCAGUGGUGCGCCACGGAGACGAGCCAACAGAAAAGUCAUCGCGUGCGGCUCGUUUUAAAUCGAUUUGGCAUAAUGGGCCCAUACACUCAACUCGACGACGUGUUCUCGAACCACCUUCACCAUGUACCGCCUUGGGAUGGGGAGGAGGAACAUGAAGCAUAUAUCAGUAUCACAGAUAACUUCUUCCAGCACCUGGGAUCUGUUACCAUUCAGGGCUCUAUCAUGCAAAUUGCGGAGCCCUGGGCAUAUUCUCCUGCCCAUCAGUCCAAGCUAAGAAAGCGUGACUGGAAGGAUAUCAUCAGAGCACUGUCUUUUGUUGCCGCAGUGCUCUCACAAUCUAACUGGGCGGAGGGGUCUGGUAACUUAUGCUACGAGACAUUGAAGAAAGUUGCAUUUGGCUCCGGCCUCAAGGGUAUGAACCAUAAGGAACGACAACUCCAAGAUACCAGCGAGGAGUGGCUCUGGAAUCUUUAUUACAUUGGAGCCAUAAAAGACCUUAUCAUGGAGCUGGACAUCCACCUGGAAGAAUGGGAGAAUGAAACCGAAAUGAUACGAAUCGGCCUAGAUAUGAGAUUGGCCCAGGGAGAUUUGUUCUCGACGGGGAACGGAGAAGAAUGA